AUGACAGGCAAACUAAGGUCCAAUCGUCCGUUUGGCUUACCGCAACUGAAAAAAAGAAAAAUUGAAACACCCAGCAUGGCAACGGUGGCAAAAAGCUUCUCGAAAACCUUAGAAACUCUAGAAGAUAAGCGCCGAAAAAAGACAGAAGAAACAAAACCAUUGCUUCUUCCACAGAAGAAGCGUGUUUUGCCUUCUGCUAAUUCACCUACUAGAUUAAAGAAAAGUCCAAAAUUAGACGAAAACGCUGCAGAAGAAACAAUAAUUAGAGAAACCGAGGCUGCUUUAAAAAAUUUGUCAGGUAGUUGGCCUGGACCAAGGGGAGGAUACCCGCAUCAAGAGGAUACGCCGACAUUUGAAAAUCUUUUUGAUGAAAAAAAGGCCUCUGUUAAAAUGUCACCAACUUCAAGUUCAAAUAGCAGUAGCGACAAUGCUUUGUCUGUUAAAGAUGUUAUAACAUUAAGAGAACAACACGAGCAUGAAGAAACUUUCGACGAAAAGUCAGGUAGUACGAAUGGCAAAAGUAGUCCGAGAUCGACUGAUAGUAAACCAAAAAGUAGUAAAAUGCAAUAUUCGUCGCCAGACUUUAACGAAUUGGUCGAUGAUUCUUCUAAUGAAUUAGAAAUUGAUAUGUCAGAAGCUGCUGCAGAGAAAAACGAAUCUAGCGGCAAACAAGAACCAGAAAAGAGAAAAGAUCCCAAAUAUCCCUCCACUAAUUCUUCGUUUCAUGCUUUUUCUCGCUCAUCUCCAUUUUCCACAACAUCUGCAUUUAGGCCUCCACAAUCUAAAAACCCUCCACUUGGUCCAUUUCCUGCAGAAGCUACUUUUGUUGGUUAUCCAGAAGGAGCACCAGUUGAAGAGAAGAAAAUAAUAGUUCCGUUAAAACCAACAGAUAGCCAAACCGAAAUACAAAAGAGCCCCGAAGGUGUCAACAAACAAUACACUAUUUUACAACCAGCAGGAGUUGGAUCUAGAGCAGCUACUACAAUGCAAGAAGUGGCUAGAGAAGGAGUUCCGAGCGUAUCGGCGGUUAGUGGGACCCCAGGAACUGAAAAUACGGGGAAAAUAACAACCACCACUGUUGCACCUGGAACACUGUCACCAAAUAGUAUUGGUAGGGGUAGUUAUUGA